AUGAUUUACUUAUAUUGUACACAGUGCCAAAGCAUCAUUCCCAGCAAUGUUGGAAUUACUUUUGCUCAAGUUUUUUCAAGAGUUUUUCUCCUUUGGCCAAUCUUUUACUAUGUUACUGCGACAAGAUCAGUUUGGAUUCCCCUGUUAUUGAUUGCUUGGACUGUUACUGAAGUUCUUCGCUACCUUUACUACAUCUUGAAUUUACUCUCUACUGUGCCAGCAUUACAUUGGUGCAGAUAUUCUUUUUUCAUUAUCUUGUAUCCUAUUGGAAUAACGGGUGAGCUUAUUUCCUGUUACUGUGCUCUACCCUACUACAGCAGAACUCAGGAAUUUUCAGUUUUACUACCUAAUAAGUGGAAUUUAACAUUCAACUUCUGGUACAUGCAAUUUAAUUAUAUAUUUUUUCAAACUUAUUGUUUAAUGCUUGUUUGUUUAUUUUGUAUCUAG